AAUGGCAAUGUAGUAAAGGCUUUUAUAAAUAAAUGACUGCGUUCAUAAAUCAUCCAAUUUGAAUUCGAAGUUAUUUUAAAAUGCUAAACAUUUGGAUAGAAGAGCUUUGGGCAUAUUUAUAUAGUACUCUUGCAUAAAAACAUGAGUAAAACAAAACACAUAGGAGGCGUUUCCCAGCACAGCCACAUUCAGAGUAUCAAUUUCAGCCCUAUGCCCUUAUCUGUGUCUCCUUACAAGACUAGUUUUGUCAACCCGGCAGAAAGACACGGUUUUCAAUAAUGAAUGAGUUAGCGUUAUCAGCGAGACGGGAGACCAGCGUGUAAUCCUGCACCAAGCCAAAGAAGUACGAAGAUAAAAUGGACAGGGACUCUUCUGGUGCUGCAGAAAGGACCGAGCCAGCGUCGCCUUUGGGGAAAAAUAUUCACGAAGACACUCGCGCAGCUGAUUCCCACGCCUCCCGGGCAGGGACCUGUAGAAAUACUGAUGUCGCACGAGCCAGGUGGACCCUGCUGAGACAGGUGUUGCGACAGAAGCAGGUGGAGAGUCCGGAGGUCAAACAGGUGUCUGUUCGCAGGUUUGCCACAUUUGACCUUUUCAGCAGAAAAAGGCUUGUGGCACGAGACCAUAGUGAUACCUCAGAUGACCAGUGGGUGGAGUACAGAAGUGUCUACUUUCCUGAGUACAGUGCCUUACUUAGGGAUAACUUGGGACCUCUUAGAGUUAAUGAAGUGCUCAACAGUUUUGACAACACCGGUAAUGUCUGUGUGUGGCCAUCUGAAGAGGUGAUGGCGCAUUACUGUCUGCAGAAACGUGACAUGUUCAAGGGUGCAGUGUGUGAGUUAGGAGGAGGUAUGACUUGCCUUGGUGGGCUCAUGGUUGCCAUUUGUGCUGACGUGACAGAAGUCCUGCUAUCAGAUGGGAAUGAGAAGUCCAUUCAGAAUGUUCGAGGGCUGGUUGAGAAAAACAGGCAAGCUGGAAAGUUUGGCUCAACAUAUGUAUCUUCCAGGGUAGUAAGGUGGGACUGUGAGAUGGAUAUUUCUGCACUGGAGGGUCACUUUGAUUUCAUCAUGUGUGCAGACUGUUUGUUUCUGGACCAGUACAGAGCCAGCCUGGUUGAUGCUAUAAGGAGAUUACUGCAACCCAGCGGCAUGGCAUUGGUGUUCGCUCCUCAGCGAGGGGAAACUCUAAGACUCUUCUGUCAACUGGCCCAGCAAGCUGGAUUUUGCAUCUCUCAACACCAGCAGUAUGAUGCUCAGGUCUGGGAUGUCCACUUGAAGAUGCUGAGGGAGGGAAAAGAAGUAUAUGACGAGAAUAUCCACUAUCCUCACCUAAUCACAUUGACCAAAGAACCUCAACCUGUCAGCCCCACUCAGUAAUACAGAACAAGUGAGCCUUUAACAGUAUACAGUUCCUUUGUAUCACUUGCUAGAUAUUUUAAUUUAGCAUCAAAAAGCUACUGUCCAUCUAAAAAUAGUCUCUCACCAGCCAUCCCUUUAACCAGGUGGCCUGCCUUUCUUGUAAUUGGCCAAACAUCUAAGCUCUAGUCAGCCUGUUGAUCAUCCCUUUUCUUAAUCUUUCAUCCAAGAAAGUGGAUCAUAUUGCCAAACUGUCAUCUGGCCAACCAGGUAACCUUUGAGUACUGUGUCAGACCUUCAGUGACCUUCACUGCUAUUAACCUGUCAUCAUCAUAGCUGUUGAGCCAGUUAGUUGCUUAGUCAGUUAACCAGCUAUUCAAUCAGUCAGUUGCACUGACAUUUUCUCCAUCGUUCCUCAUACAGGUGGCAGUUGUUCAGUCAGUUGCCCUGAUUAAACUUAGUCAGCAUUAAUCCAUGCCACUGUGUUUCUGGCCUCAGCAUGGAGGCCUGCUUUACUUCAUUAAGUGUCACAGGCUGUGGAGUAGCUCACAGCUUCCUCUGUUUCCUGUUUUAAUGUCUUUAAAUGCAACUCAUCCAUCCCAGUCGGAGGUCAAUAUUAGGGUCAAUAUUAAGAAUUUAUUUUCUACAUUACUUAGAACAGUACAUUUGCAUAUUAUGCACGUUCAGACUAAGGAGCUACAGAUUGGAUUUGAUACAACAAUAUUGCAUCUUCAAAGUUCUGUUGAUGUUAUGAUCUGUGUUUUAACUGUACAACAGUUGUUAAAAAAAAUCAAAAUGCUGUUGAUGAAAUUAUUAAUCAGACUUACUUGUCAUCCUCAGCUGCAUAUUUUCAGCUGGCUGCACUCAAAACAGUUACUGACAGUGCAAUGAUAUGAAACAUCUAAUACCAAAAAUGGCACAAAUAUCUUAAAAAUGUCCUAAAAAUGAAACAUCUGACUGACAACAACCUGUUCACAUGGCAGCUUUUAAAAGCUGCUGGUUUGAACCUUCAGGACUUGUGUGUGUAUCUAAAGAGAGAAGAAAUACAUACACAAAUAAUGACAUCACCAUUUGCAUUUAUUGACAAGUGACCCUGAAACUGUGGAAUCAAUAAAUGAUAUUAGUAUUUUUUGUGAAGUAGAUUUAUUAAUUAUCCCUCAAUUUCCACUAAGUAAAGACAAUCUGCUGCUAUUACUAACUGGCAUGUCCACCAUGCUCUGUGACUGCAGCACCUUGAUCUAAAGUCAUGCCAGCCAGGAGCAGCUUAGAUCUCUCAAUGUGACAUUGCUGUAUGUAAACGCCUAUGAUUUAUUGAGCGCAUUCCUUUUAUUAAACAGUAGGCCUAUUUGUUGAUUAAGUUUUUCUUAUGUGCAACAAAAAUAUUUUACCAUUUCAGUAAUCAGAAAAGGGGUUGUUUCUUUUCUUUCCUUCCCUGUGCCACAAAUACAGAAGACCCAAAGAUAUAUUUUUUAGUUUGCAUGUGACUAGAAUACGAGAACAGGAACACAGCUCAGUGAUUUUAAUGAUGAUGAUGAUUUUAAAUUAAAAAACUUUGUGGAAUCAUCCCUCAAAUUCAAUACGAUAAUAAUACGAUAACUGCUUUUACUUCUGCUGCUUACUGCAUUUUUUUCUGUCAGCUGCUCUACUCAGGUCUUUUCUCACGCAUUCACCUGUUUCUGUUGACGUUACAAAAAAACAGCAAGUGCCAGUGGGUCACUCAAAUCUAAAGCUGUACCUUACACUGGGAGGAGGUUUUCAUAAUUCACUGUGAUUCAUUACCUUAUACAGCAGCCAAGAAGCUAUGCAGAAUCUCCUGGUCGCCAGUGUUUACAUUGUUCAUAUUAUAAAAGAAUUCGCUGGUAGAGAAUGCCAGUUUAUUAGGGGUUUUGGGUGGUUUCAAUUAUUCAAAACUGUUUCCAGUGCAAAGAUUUGAAAGGUUGUUUAGUAAUUUUAUCUUUUUUCUGUAAUGCAGUUUACUGUGUAUGUCAGAUAUAUGUAGGAUAACAUAGAUGUCCUCACAACUGAUACUGAAUAUAGUGUUUUCAUCACUGUCUAGUGUGACAUUACCAGUUCGGUAUUAGGCAUCACUGUUUACUGUGGCCUCUCUGCUACUGUGCUGCUUCUUUCCAAAUCAUUGCCUGUGUUACUGGCAAAAUCUUCUCCUGUGACGCCUUCAAAUAUGAACACACCGUCAGUUCUGUAUUUAUGAUACUAAUGCUUAGACUUACCACUUCUCACUGUGACAACAGACAUUCAAGAAACUGCUGACAGGUGGCAUUAUUCUGGUUUUGCUGCCUAAUAUCACAAAUAUGGAGAAAUCCUUAAAAAAUGUUAAUUUGCAGGCCACGUCCACAGUACUUUGUGAGAGUGUAAGGUUGGUUUUCGUUUUUUCCAUUGAUCUUUUUCUACAUGUCUUUUUACAGCCACCAGAAAUAGAAAUACAAUAAAAAACACAGUUUGAAUAAAAUUGAGAUGUGGCUUGCUGUACAGAGGCUCAUGUUAUUGGUGUAGAAGACUAGCUUUAAGCGUUUUUUUAAUUGAUUUUUUUGAUUGCAUAAUAUUCAGAUAAAAUGUCAGAUAUAUCAAUAAAAAUUUAAUGACUUUUACGUAUGUGGACAUAGCCUCAUGUAAAGAGUUUCUCCAUUCAGUAUUUUCCUUCUGCUUUAGUGUAAUUUUAUGAGUGGGUGUUUUUUUUUCUUUUCUUUUUUGUGGACAAAUAAAGAUAAACACAUUUGCUUCGAAAA